GUGUUUUUAUUAUCGGAGGAAAAACCGAUAACGUUUCUUACACAAUAAUACUAAUAUCGGCCCUAUCCCUAAAAAAAUUGAUAUGAUUAUUCUAAAAUUAUAUGGUCAUUCUAAAACAGCAAUUUAUUACCGACACAAAGUCUGACUUUGUAAGAAAAGAAAGAAGAAAAGAAGAAAAGAAUACACUGUACUUUUUUCUUUCCUUUUUUUUAUUCCCUCAAUUGCUUACUAUUCUCAAAGGUUCUAGUAUAUUAUAGAAAUUCUCGGUUUUUGAAAUGACUGAAAAUGGCACACAAAUUAAAAUGAAUUUUCUCCCCCCCCAAAAAAGGUUAAUAUACGUGAUGAGUUCUGCAGCUUUCAGCCACGUCCUAUUUGGUUUUUUGAUGUUUCCUUCAGGCUGUUUGAUCACAGUUGAUGAUGAUGGUUUUAAAAUUGCUCUCAUCCAGAGAAGUGGGCCACGAUGCGCGCACGUUGGUAUAAACAAAAAACACGCUCAGCGGUGCGGGAGGACAUCAAAUAGACAUAUUUAGCCAACAACAGCACCGCUCCUCUGUCCAACUGCGCUCCUGUGGGGCAGUGCCCGCAGUUAAAGGUGCAUCUCGUACGCUGUGGUGCGUCAUUGCGCAGUGCUGGGCUGCGUCUGUGCCUUUCUUUUAAGGGGAGGAGCGCACAGCGCCUUUGGCUCAGCGGCUCCCGGAUCUCCUCCGCGCGUAAUGCGGAGCUUUCUGUGCGGCUGACAGUAAGAGAGGUAGUGGAGUCUGACUCUCAAGGUUAGCGCAGGUGUGUAGGUGUUGGGAUGACAUAAGUGACGCCUGGAAGACAACAACAGACUCAUUCCACUGCAGACACUUGUUGUGCGCACUGGUGAAAGUGAACCAAGACCAGAGGGAUCUCGCAGCAGGACGAUGUCUGGGGGCUCGGCACUGAGGCUGACGGCUGCGAUGCUCUGCACGAGUCUGUUUCUGCAGCUGGUUCUUUGGGAGACGACUGAAGCCAUCCAUCCAGACUGUGCCCUGGUGGUUCAACACAUGAAAGCUCAGGAAGAAUGUAACCAGAUCAUCAAACAGGAGAAGAGAAACGUUUCUGCCGCCACAGGUUGUCGGACGGUAUGGGACGACAUCCGUUGCUGGUACCGUGCAGAUGUCGGACAGGUGGUCAGUGUCUCGUGUGCCAACGUGUCCCAGCUGUUUGCUAAUAACAAAGGUCACGUCUUCAGGAACUGCACAGAGGACGGCUGGUCUGAGGUUUAUCCCUAUUAUGAGAAUGCCUGUGUGUUUGCAGAGUAUGAAGAGACAGAAACGGAGACAACAUAUUUCUCCAACUUCAGACAAGUCUACACCGCUGGCUACGCCACCUCCCUGGUCUCCCUCAUUUCCGCCAUCUUUGUCUUCACUGUGUUCAGGAAGUUCCACUGCACCAGGAACUACAUCCACAUGAACCUGUUCUUCUCCUUCAUCCUGAGAGCCAGCGCCGUCUUCAUCAAAGAUGGGGUCCUGUUCUCUGAUGAAAACCUGGACCACUGCCUCAUGUCGACUGCUGCCUGUAAAUCGGCCGUGGCGUUCUUCCAGUUCAGCAUCCUGGCCAACUACUUCUGGCUGCUGGUGGAGGGGAUGUACCUGCAGACCCUGCUGGCUCUCACCUUUGUUUUCCAGAAGAAAUACUUCUGGUGGUACAUCGUCAUCGGCUGGGGUCUUCCAACAACAAUCAUUACAGCCUGGAUCCUCACUCGGAACUUCUACGAUAACAGAGGAUGUUGGGAUGACACAGACAAGCCCUUGAUCUGGUGGAUCAUUAAAGCUCCGAUAACUGCGUCGCUGCUGGUGAAUUUCAUCAUUUUCAUCAAUGUGAUCCGUAUUCUGGUCCAGAAGCUGACGUCUCCUGGUGUCGGCGGCAACGAUACCAGUCACUUCAAGCGUCUGGCCAAGUCCACUCUGCUCCUCAUCCCUCUGUUUGGGAUGCACUACAUGCUGUUCGCCUUCCUGCCAGAGACCGUGGGAGCUGAGGUUCGACUCUUCAUAGAGCUGGGUCUGGGAUCCUUCCAGGGGUUUGGUGUGGCCCUGCUCUACUGCUUUCUGAAUGGAGAGGUGCAGGCCGAGCUGAAAAAGAGGUUGUGGAAGUGGCAGACUGUGUGGCAGACUCAGAGCUACCUAAGCUACAACAAGAGACGGCGUACGCUGUUCACCGAGAGCAGCACCAUCACUCAGAUUUCAGUUCUGGACAAGUCCAGCCCCAAAGACCAGCCAGGUUCAGAGACACAGGUUCUCACUCACACCGUGAUGCCCAACAGCAUCUCCACGGUGUGAGCUUCACUGAACUGUUCCACUGUUCCAGUCCCGUGUUUUAACUCCUGCUGUCGUUGUGGAGCGUGAAGGUACUUUUCAUCCUUUUAAAGGUUAUCGUUUCCAAAACUCUUCUGGUCAAAAUUUUAAUUUAAAUUUAUUUAUGACCUGCCUCCAGAGAAGUUUCCUAUGUCAAGGAUUGGAACCAGAAAUGGUACCAGGUCCUGGAGGACUUCUGUCUGUCAGACGGGCUCACAGUGUACAUUAAUGGUGUCAUUGAAUCUUCUGCAGGCGUUUCAGUGUCUCCCACAAACCCUUCCAUGAUACAAGCUUGACUCUCUGCUGCCCACAUGAGAAGGGAAGUUAAAUGACAUGAGCCUUGUUAUUUAUCCCUGAGGCUGCUGUGGUCCGACAGAUGAAGUAGCAAUCUUCAGCUAAAAUUAGCACUGAGUUUGUCAAUAAAAAGUUUCGGAAACAAUAGCAAAUCAUAAAAAAAGAAUGAAUUUUAAAGAUUUAAAAAUAAAUUUUCCAUAUAUAGAAUACAAAUAAAAAUGAAUGCACUAUAAUACGCCUAUAAUCGGAGUCAUUAACAGUGCAGACAGUAGAGGUCGUGGCCUCCUGCUUUCACUCACACGCUUUAUCCAGUGUUGUUGUUGUCAAAAAUAUGUUCAGACGCUCAUGUUGAUAUCAGCAGCUCUGCGUGCCACAUGUUGCACAGUGCACUAGCACAUCUGGAGCACUAGACUGUAAACGCCAUUUAUUUGCUGAACUGUAGUUUGCCUCUGUUUCUAAAUGUACUGUAAAAAGACCUGAACUAUGUGAUGACCAUGUUACAGUUUAACUCCUGGGUUGCAUUUAGUUUAUUUAAAAAUAUAAAUAAAUAAUGGAUUUAAUGGAGGACUUAAAAAAUAACUUAAAACGCUAAGAGUUGUGUAUAAAUAUUAAUAUAUUUUUAAGAAUCUUAGUUCUAGUCCUUUAUGUGUUGCAAAUAUUCAAUUCUACAGUCAACAUAUUAUUGAUUGUCAGUUUAUAUUAGGUGGAACCACAUCAGUGAUUUCUGUGCUAAUGCUAUUGCUAUUGCUAAUGCUAAUGCAGAGCUUGUUUCUCUGAGGUCAACUCUUGUUCCCAAUGUGUUUAAUAUUAUAUAUUUAGCAGUUGUGUCUACAGUGGUCUGCGUUUCUUUGACUGUGUUUGUAUGGUUUACCCAAAAAACAUCGUUCUACAAUUUAAUCUCCCAUUUGCAAAACAUUUUCAAUUUUUUACCUCUUCGAUCAGGCUUCGGCUUAGUCUUGAUGUGAGAACUUUGUGAUCCAGUUAAAGGUCUUGAAAAAGUCACUUUGAGAUCAUGUCCAUCAGAUGUAAGAAAGGUGAAGUUUUAUAGGGAAUAUACUGUAUAUAUAUAUAUAUAUAUAUAUAUAUAUAUACAUAUAUAUAUAUAUAGUGGUGGUUAAGGACUGAUGCACACCACUGUAAGAGUAUGUAGGCCUAUGUAUAUGUGCACCACUACAGUGCCUUUAAACCACAGUAGAAAAACCACUCUGUGCUUUUCUAUUAGUUCCAUUGACUGUACCGUCCCAAGUGUGUGACAAAAAAUCAAUGAUGCGGAAAUAAUCUGUGGUUUUGUCUUUGUCGGCUCAGAAAAGAAAAACUGUUUGACAUCUGUUGGUGUUUCACAAUAAAUGUGUGAAUUAAACACACACACACACUUAGUCCUUGGAGAAAAACAAAGAAUGCGACCGUUGUUUUUUAGGGACUGAAUAAUUCCCUUAACUAAAUGAACUGAAUGUUUCUUUUACAGGUUCACACUGAAUGCAAACCACACUUGGUCACGAAAUAUUUUGUGCAUUUUAUUUCAAGGUCAUAUAAAGAAAGAAAGUCCAUCUACUUUUACAGUAUACUUUUUUCUCAUUUUUACUCGUGGUAGCAAGAGAAAAUCACGUCACAACAAAUAGUUUACUUUUUGUCAACUAUGAAAUUAUAUACAUUUUUUUAGACUGUUCCUGGAACUAUUCAGAAAAAGAACAAAAUAAAUACAACUCACGUGAGGCAAGUUGAUGCUGAGACAACAGUUUAUAAACAUUUAUUGUCAAUACUUCCAUGAAAUACAAAAAAAUACUUACUAUUGUGCACAUUUGAA